AUGCCUCCUUCACGCUCUUCUUCUCUAACUCAAAUAACACUUUCCUUCACAGGCGACACACAACCCGCCAAACCCGCGAAGCGUGGCAAUAGCAAGAAGGCCAAGCAGCCACCCGAGCCGAAAGUGAAGAAACCGCCGCCUGCCCCGUUGGCUGAAGGGCCUUUCCUGGCUACGCCUGAGGAUGCGGAUCCAAAGAACUUGAAUGGUGCUUACAAGAACGUUGAGCACCCGUGUUAUUGGUUUUAUGGAGAGGGAGCUGGAGGGUAUGUGAUAAGUUAUGGGAGUCAGGCUGGGAAGAAGGUUAGUUGUAUUCGGUGGGGGUGGUUGGAGUAUUGUUAUGUCAAUACGUACUACCCCGGAUUCCGCAAAGCAUUCGAACGAUAUCGAGAAGGGAUAUUGAAGUACCUCGAGACACAUUAUAUGGAGUUUGUUGUUCCUUUUGGGAGGUUCCAUGGGAAGAAGCUGUAUGAGAAGUAUAGGGAUGUCGUGUGGUUGUCGAAAGUGGAUUGCCAUGAGCGGAAUAAUCCCGAGUACUCGCUAUUCUGGAAAGCGUUCGACAAGUUCAUGACCCGACCCACGGAUCGAAGCUACCGUGAAACCUCCGUCGCGAAGCUCGAGGAACUCGAGAGGAUUAAGAAGCUCGUCGAUGAAGCCUAUGCUGCUCAAUACGAUGACGAGGAUUAUGGGUAUGGCUAUUGGGAGGACUAUGGGGACUACUACGACGAUGGGUAUUAUGGAAGAGGUUAUUCCAGUGGCAGUUGGAACAGCUCCAAGUCUAAGAAAGGGAAGAAAUCGGGGUCAGAGGCGUCGGGUGGACAGGGGGGAAAGCGCAAGAUGGGCAAUUCAGCGUCUACAUCUUCUCAAUCUGCGAAGCGACGGCGG